AUGGUUCGUGGUCGCGGUUUAUUGAUUAACGAUCUAGAAGUAGAUGAUUAUGACACUCAUCCACUUAUAUUUGGUGAUAUUACUGUAUUUAGAAGCGGACUAUUUAUCAUAAUAAAUUCAACUGAUUUUUUGUUAAAAUGGGAUGAAAAGACACGAGUUUAUGUCACUGUCUCACAGCAAUAUCUUGAUCGAACUAGCGGAUUAUGUGGAAAUAAUAAUGAGGAUCAGAGUGAUGAUUUAAUAACGGCAAGUGGUGUUAUAGGAAGUAUUGAUGAUAUGGCUCGAUCCUGGCAAUUAUCGUCACAGUGUGCCUCACUCAACAAUUAUACGGCUGAUAGUUCUGAUCCAUGUUUUGGACAUGACGAGAGACGUUCAUGGGCAACGACAAAUUGUGACAUUCUGACAUCAACGUCCCUUAACAGUCUUUUUAAAUUAUGCAUAGAAAAAUUAGAUUCGACUCAAGUUGACUCUUAUUAUAAAAGUUGCCUUUCUGACGCAUGCAGGUGAGUGAUUAUACAUAAACUCUAUUAUUUAUAUAAGAAGUGCUAGCUUAUUAAGGGCUCUCCCCUCAGAAAUUAUCUCCGACAUCGUACAUCCGAUCCUGACAAAACUUUCAAUAAAUGUUCGGCUUAAUGAGUUACGAGAAUGAAAAAAUCUUUUUGUCUUCAAGUCUUACCAUUCAGGAGUUUGCCAGAGAUCAAGGUCCAAAAAGGACCCUGAAGUACUUUCCAAGAGUUUUUAAUAUACUUCAAACUAGAGAGUCCGGGUUUGUUUGUUUUAAGCUAGACACCUAACUACAUGGUGUGACCGGCGCCGAUUUUUCAAUUAAGCCUUUAUUGGUUUUCCAGGCAACCAACAACCUCCAAAACCUGAAAACUCCUUCCGGAUUUUAUAAAAAUCCUCAGUUGGACAAAAAACUAAGAUCUAAUUCAAAAAUCGGCGCCGGUCAGACCAUGUAGUUUCUUUUCCUCUUUUAAACAAAAAAGAAUGAACUCUCUACGACAAAUCGCUAUAAAAAAUCUUGGGAAAUACUUCAGGUGUAACUCUUA